GCCGCCAUGUUGUGCUCCGUUGUUGGGGAAGGGGGGACGGGGGGUCCCGGCUCCCCGCAGGUGUCGGUGAGAGAAGAAGGGAGAAAGUUCGGAGGCGAAGAAGCUCCGGUCGGCGGGAGCUGACGGCAGCUGGGCCGGGGCCGGUGACGUUAUCUCGGCUUUUGGUUGCAGUCCAAACAAGGCGGAAGCUGGAAAUGGAGCUGGGCGGCUCCUCUGGAGCUGAGGGAUGGACAGGGGGCUGCUGAGUUUGGAGUGACAGGAGCUGAACAGACCCGAGUGCGUCAAGAUUAAAAUCUCAGAGAUCCCAGGAAAAGACAAGCAAUGAGCAAAACAGGAAAUUAGUCAGGACUUCUCCCUUGGAGUUUCUGUGCCGAGAAUCCGAUGUUGGGCUCGGCUCCCUGGCUGAAGACAGCAGAUCAGCCCAUGAAAACUUCUAUUCCCAGCCAAAGGAAGGAGUCCAGCACAAGGCAGCACCUGUUCUUUCAGGCUUGGAAGCAAGAAAGGGGACAAGAGUUGGAGAGUGUGGAAUCGGAGAAGACCACUGAGAGGUGACAUUUAAGUUGAAGAUGGGAGGUGGAGAAAGAUACAACGUUCCCGUUCCCCAGUCUAGAAAUACCACCAAGAACCAUCAACAACUUAAAAACAGGCAGAAGAACAAAGACCAGAAUUCUCAGAUGAAAACCUACGUGAAGAAGGAAAGAGGCCACGGCUGCAGCUCCUCUCCUGGUGCAUGGCAGGCCAUGCAGAAAGGGGGGAAGAACAACGUUCCCUUCCCCAAGAAUCCCAAUUGGAAUCCUGCUCUAUCCAAUCGCAACCUGUUGUUCACCCCUCAGAGCAACCAGAACUAUGCUGGGGCCAAGUUCAGCGAGCCACCCUCCCCAAGUGUUCUGCCUAAGCCACCAAGCCACUGGGUACCUGUUUCUUUCAAACCUUCUGAUAAAGAAAUAAUGACAUUUCAGCUCAAAACCUUACUGAAAGUCCAGGCCUGAGGUGUAGUGUGUGAUUUUUCGGAAGUGAUUUCGACUGUCAGGGUUUCAAAUUUGAGCAUUGCUUUUCCCAACUCCAGCUGCACAGAUGUGCAGGACCAGGUGUUCUUGCUGCAUGUAGUUAGUCACUUGGAGAGGGGUGAAAGUUUACAUUCCCCUCAUCUUUUACCUCAAAAGUUCAGUGCUGUGUUCACCUCACUGUGAAAUAGCUAUUUUCUUGAAAAUCAGUCAAAUCCUGAGCAGUCACAUUUACUGUAUUUAAGAAUAAAUGGGACUGUAUUCCAGAAUUGGACUUGUGACUCUGAAUUGUUAGAAAACCACCUUUUACCUAACUUAAUGCAGCAUGAACUGAAAAUUAAAACGCACUGAAAACUUUAGUCAGGUUAUUUGCUGCUUUUCAGACUGGUGUGAGAUUUGCUAAACACUCUGCAGAGCAGAAACCUCCACCUGGGCACAAGGGGAGGCAACAGCUGAUUGUCUUACCUGUCCCUGUAAGCUUUGUUGGCACUCCUGCAGUGGUGGGUGAGUGUUUCAAGCCCGUGACUCCCAUCUGGAAUGUUCUGGAAGGGUGUGGAAGAACUCCUCAGGCAGAUCCAUAAAGCCUCUCCAGCUGUGUUUCCCAGGAAUCUCCGUGAGUGCCAACUAAAGACCUUGCAUUGCCAGGUGACUGCCAAAAAACCUCCCCCCAAUCCUUUGUAUGCCCACUGCACUGAGGAGUUCUAAACCACAUUUUUCUAUCAGUUUUUAUAAAAAAAAAAGGUGGAGUAGUUCCUUAGUCUAGUCUUAAAUUGGUUCCCCUGUAACAAUUAAUAGUUUGGGGCAGGUAUUAGAUGUUCUCACAGGGAAGACAGAGCCAUGUAAAUACAUGUAAAACAUUGUAGCAUAUGUAAAUUUCUGCUGGGCUUUCCUGCACAGAUGUAUUUUUAGUACAAAAACUGCUGAAUGUAAGAUGACCAUGUUGAGUACGUGGCCUGGUUUUAAAAAAUGAUAUUUUGUUUAAAAAAAAUUAACAAAAAAAAAAGACAUUUGUGGCUGUGCCCUUGCACUUCACAUGCAGUGAAUAUGCACAUUGUAUUUGGUUGUAAUCUCAUUUUUUUAAAGUAAAAUCAGUGCAAAAGAGGCUUAUUUAGAUUUUUUUUUAAUUAAAGAAAAAAAAAAAUUAAAAAAAAAAAAAAAAAGCUGCUGGAGUUUCAAAUCCUCCUGUUGUGAAUGUGUAGGAGAGGUGUGUGUUCAGUGAUGAAAAAACACUGAAAUGUUCCAAAUCAAGUGUUUCACAAGAAAUGCAAAUGCCUGGGUUUGGGUGCUUGAUAAAACUGAAGGAUUGUAAUCAUUCUGUGUUUCUGAAAUGUAUCAAUGCUCUGUAAAACAACAUUUUUGUCCCAAUCUUUGCUAAAAUCAGGGCAGGUGGCUCCUGUGCUGUCACCCUCCAGCAGGAACAGCUGGACUGUGACAACAGCAGCAGCCAGGGUUCUUUCAAAAAUACAAGGAUUACUUAAAAAAAAAAGUGCUUUAAUUUGAACAGGCCUUUUGCAGAUUGUGAAAUGUUCAGAGGUGUCUUUCUGUACAUUCCAAAUGCAGUGGCAGCUGAGCUGAAUGUUUACAAAAAUUAUUGCUCCUAAUCACAUGGAAUUGGCAGUCUCUAAACUUGUGUUGUGACCUGGACCUUCACCAGAGUCUGAGCUGUAUCCCAGUUAAUUAUCAAUUCUCAACUUCAAAUUGUCAAUUACUGAUGAUGUUUGUACAAAUUGGAAACAAAACAUUUUAAAUAAACUUUUUUUUUUUUUUACCCCC